CGAUUCAGGACGAUUUUUUAACGCACGCUUUGUCUGGUUCUUCAAAAAGAAGUUCGGUGUACAAAAUUUGACUCCCUCUAACGUUAAAUUGUUGUGACCUUCUUAAAAGGCCAUUUAUUCUUCGGCAUUGUAACGAACUGAUGAAUGCUUUGAUUAAUUGAAAAAAAAGAAAAAUGUCUUCGAAUUGGAUCACACAACCAUUUUUUGGUGCCGCUGGCGCCGUCGUCUGACUACAGAACUCACUUUUCUUGCGAAGAGUAACCAUGCCAACGAUACACGAUUUUCACGAAGAAUACUAUUCUGAUGAUUCUUUCCGAUCUGAUAUUUCUGAGGACGAACUGAAAGUAAGCGCUCCGCCAACACCAAGUAGUAGGGGGUCAUCCCCCUCCCGUCGGCCAGGCUCGGCCAAGGGGAGGAAAGGUGCAGCAAGAGAGAAACCUCCUUCACCAUACCUCGGUUCUGCUGGUUCAAGAAAGGCCAAGAGUAAGAGCAGCAAACCAGUUGGCUCCAAGACCCCAACUCUUAAGUCAGCAAGGGAAUACUGGUUAGACGGACUCAAAAGUGGGAAAGGAGGUCUGACAGGUUGUUCUAAGAGUAGUAACUAUCUCGGGGGACCUAAGAAGUCCCAAGCAUUUUCAAGCACCAGUGAUUACCUGAAGGAAACGGUGUUAAACAUGCCUCCAAGGAAGAACUCAAAGAGCAGGGCCAUGGUCAGUGAUCCCAUACACAGGAACAUGAAGGGAGUUCCAUCAUAUAAGCCUCAGGAAGAAAUGUAUGAUGAUAUCAUUGAUCUUAAAAAGCAAGUCAAUGCUUUAAGAGUGGAGAAUGAUAUGGUCAAGGCCAAAAAUCAGAGGUUGGAAGAUGACCUCAUGAAGAAAGAAAGGCAGAUUGAUCAGCUUCUAGAUCCAACAAAGAGUGAUCUUCGAAUGACACUGAAUAGCCGGCAACCAGAUUCAGCUGCGAAAGUGAAUAGCUUGAAGCAAAGGAAUCUCAAACUGGAGAUGAAUCUGAAGGACAAAGAAGCGGAGCUUAUGAAGCUGAAGAAUGAUAUGAAAGGAACAAGAAUGGAAGAGAUGAAAGUUGCUAUGGAAUCAUUCUAUCAAGAGGUUCAAAGGCUUCGCUACCAGCAGUCACAUCAAACUGGAAAAGCAACAAGACCUGGUACAGCUGAGAAGGAGUCGACUUCAACUGCCAAGGUGAAGGCCCUGAAUGGCACCAUCCUGAGACUUACAGAGAGUAAUCAAAGACUGCAGAGUGAGAACAAGCUCCUCAAACAGGACCUGGAGAGGACAUUGUACGAGAGCUCAGCUUACAAUGGACCUGCACGCUCUGAAAAAUCUCAUAGAGACUAUGAGGACAUGAACAGGAGAGAACUGUUGACCACUGUUGUCAACCUUCAACAGAAAGUGGAGCAUUUGGAGGGUAAAGGUAUGCGCAAAGACCGCAACCUGGAUGGAGAGAUGCCGGGUAAGAUUCCCUUGACCGGGUCAUUGUCUGACCGGCUUGACCAGCUGGAUAAACGGGAGACAGAGCUCUUAAAGGAGAAAGGGAGGCUAGAGAAAGAUGUCAGCAGGCUUCGGGAAGACAAGACCAAAUUCAGACAGAAAGUGGAGCAGUUUGAAGAUGAAAACAAAGCUCUAGAGAAGGAGAAUGAGAGAUUGAAAGAACAGCUCAAGUCUAUGACUCCAAGACAGAAUGGUAGCAUGAAACGUCACCCUAGCAGUGAGAGUCUCCAUAGCAGACGUAGUGACAGACAUGGUGACAGACACAGUGACAGAUACAGUGAUAGACACAGCGAUAGACGAAGUGAACGGCAGGACAGGAGCGGUGACAGGCAGAGUGAUAGACACAGUGAAAGAUACAGCGACAAGCAUGGUGAUAGACACAGUGACAGAUACAGCGACAAGCAUGGUGACAGACAAAGUGACAGGUAUAGCGACAAACAUAGUGACAGACACAGUGAUAGACACAGUGAUAAGCACAGCGACAGGCUGAGUGACCGAAGUGAGAAGAGGUCAAGAGCAAACAGCUCGGCUUCAGUGAGGAGAAAACAGAGAGAAGAGGAGGAGCUGAGAGAGAGGGAGCGAAAGCUGGAAGAGCUCAGACAGAACAGAUCGGCACGCACUCUGCAGAAAAAUUGGAGGGCUCACAAACAGCGGGAACAAGAUCGUAACAGUGAUUUAGAUGAAGCUGCGACUACUAUCCAAGCAGCAAUGCGGGGGCACCACAGACGGAAGGAUCUACUAGAUCGCUUCAACUCAGAGCCUUUCUCCCCAUCCACGACGGAUGCUGCCAGUGACAGGAUACGAGAUGAGGAGGAGGAGGAUAGUGAUGAUGUGGAUGAUGCUGCCAUGACGAUACAGUCUGCCGUCAGAGGUCAUUGGUCACGCAAAGAACAAUUAAGCAAAUUCUCUAAUCGAUCAGACUCGGAGCCUGAGUCAGCACGAUCGUAUCGUAGUGGUAAAUCUAGCAAGGCAGGGUCAACUAAGAGCGGAUUAGACAGGUUCAUGACUGGAUCAAGAUCUGGAUCCAAAGCUGGAUCAAGCAAAGCAGGAUCAGUCAGAAAUGGAUCAAAUGUUUCAAGGAAAGACGCAUUUUCUGAAGAGGACUCUGAUGACUCUCUCGUCAUGUCUACUACGUCAAAGAAGAGUACUGUAUCCAAAUAUAGUAAUAAAUCAGGGAACAAAGGAAGACAGAGCGUAGGCAGUAGUCAUUCUACUCUGAAAAAUGGACUCGGUAGCAAGAAAGACAACGACAGUGAUGACGAUGAUGAUGAUCUGGUAUUCUAGUGUGCAUUUUCUUAUAAGGGACAGGAAUUUCCUUUUCUUGGGUAAAUCAAAAUUGAAAUCCAUUUUGGGUUCUUCUACUAUUUGUGUGACAAUUCAUAACAUUUACCUUUGCAAAACUAGUUUUUGUGCAAAUUUGUAAUGAUUUUGCAAUGAAGUUUGCGAUUGUUCACGACUUGAUUGAUGGAAUUUUUUUCCAUCCCCUCCCCCAUAUUCAUCAUUCCUUUCAUGAAUUUCUCAAACAAUGUUAAUUUGAGAGCAUCACAGUAUUUCAUAUGAACUAAAAAAUAGAGCAGUCAUGUCAGGAAGGCCCCUUGUAUAGUGGGUUAGAAUCUGGAAUUUCCUGCACAUCAAAUCGGAUGAUUCAUACGAAUUAAUAUGAACACCAUGGUCAUGUGAUGUAGUCACAUGAUCUCUGACUCGGGGAACACUAGGCAACAACUUUGAGGUCAAUUUUCCAAUGUGUUGGAAACAAAAGAUGAACUCAUCAGUUCGUUUUGAAAUUACUUGAUCAUUAGAAUUUUUUUUUCCUGUGAUAUUAGAGGGUACUACAUAAAUUUAAUUCAACCAAUUUGUGAAAAUGUUCAAACAUAGAUUUAAUACAUUAUAUAAAAACUGAAAUUUCCCCAUUGUCUAAAGAGGGAGCAAUUAAUGCAGUUUUAUUUCUUUUGAAAAAAAUAAUAUGCAUGUAUUCAGAAAUUAAAAACAAGCAUUUCAUUUUGGCUUUUUCAGGUAGCAUACACCUGUAAUAUAAACUGGAAUGAAAAUUCUUUGCAUUUGGGUUAAAUGACUUUUUCUUUUAAUAGCACACUUACAUGAUUGAAUUGAGGGUUUAUGUAGAGUAAUUCAAUCUUGCAUUGCUUGGAAAUCUAGAUACUUGAUGUUUAAACUAUUGUACUGUUGUAAUUAUGUAUAUGUGUACAUUUGAAAUCGAAGUUAGCAUAUUUUUAUUAAAUGUUCGCAUGUUUUAAGCCUGUUUAAUCAAAGAAAAGUGAAAU